ACUUAAACUAAUCAAAGGACAACAAAAUAACUCAAACAACCCUGGAGGAGCCGGAGACAGAGACCACAGAGCACGAGCAUGAGGCCACGAUGAGCUGUGCUCAGGCUGGACCAGAGGAGAGCUCCACUAAUGCCAGCAAUACUAAUAACACCAGCCUCAACUGCACCACCAAUGAUGAGUUGGAGUGCAAAAUCUGCUACCAGCGCUUCAAUACACACAGCCGCAAGCCCAAAAUUUUGGACUGCCUACACCGAGUGUGUGCCAGAUGCCUCAACAAGAUUCUGGACAUGGGGGAUGGUUCCAGUUCCAUCAGCUGCCCUUUCUGUCGUCACGAGACGCAGGUCAGUGAGUUUGAAGUGGCUGGGCUGCCAGAUGACUCAAACAUCAUGUCCCGCCUGGCUGUGCGGGACAAGUCCUGGAGCUCGGACCACAGUAAAGAAGUAGUGUUGACGCCUAAGAGCCUGUCCUCCAAUGACAGCCCAUCCCACGACUCCUCCAACUGCCUGGUCAUCACAAUCAUGGAGGUGCAACGAGACCAGCAGCGAUCACCCAGCCAAAACGCCAGCUCUGAUUACUACGGUGACCUGGACUCAGUCUCUGUAGCAUCCAAUAGUGGUGUGGUGGACCAAGACGCACUGUCCAAGUUCUGCAAUCAUGUGCCACGGGUCUUGGUGUGGCUGCUGGGUUUUUUCUACUUCGGUUCGCUGCCACUUGGCAUAUACUUGCUGGUGAUCCAGAGAGUGACCUUGGGGAUUGUGUGCGUGAGCCUGGUGCCAUCCAGUCUCACAGUCUGUCUGGUUUACGGCUUCUGCCAGUGUCUGUGCCAGGGCAUGUGCGACUGCUCCAGCAGGGCGUGACUGGAACAAUCAUGGCCAGUGAAAACUAUAGCUUACAUCAUUUCACCACGCAGAGCAGAGAUAAAUAAGCUAUAGGCAUCUGAAUCUCCUUGCUGCAAAUUAAAUGCAAUGUGCACCAUCUUGCUUUGAAAGGAUGUGUACGAGCAGCUGUAAAAAGAGGAUGGGUCAAGCAUAAAAAGUGAAGGUCCAUCUGGAGCAAACACUACUAGCUUAAAGUUUUUGCACACAUCCUUUAAGCUCAUUCUGAAGUAAAAAUCUGGCCUUAGAGAAGUUCUCCAUGAAGGUCAAAUGAUGAUCCACAAUUGGGAGAUUAGCAGAUGGACUAUUAUGUACAGCCAGGCAGAGUGGAUGGGCCAAGAAUAAACUUUUAUGUUGGUUGAUUAUUAUCUCUGUGAAAUAAACCAUGCGUACUGAUUCUCUUUAACAAGAAUCCAUGAGUAGCACUGUUUCAGGUGAAGCCUGAAUUCGUCUGUGUGGUAAAAAGGCAUUGACUAUACAGUAGGUAUUGCAAACACAAAGGAAUGGGUUACCGCUGAGGUAAGAGGUGGGCCUUUAAAUAAAAAGAUUUGACCCA